GAGUAGGCUGCUUGCCAAAGCUUUUUUAUCUCCUUUGAUUUUGACCUCAACGAUGUGUAAAUAUCAGCAUUCAUCAUUUAUAAAACUAUUGGCGCAGAUCGAGAUCUGAUAGUGGCGAGGAUUUUUCUGGGAACACAUUCACUCCAUUGCAAUGAUAUGGUAUUGUGUAGUAAAAGUUCUGUGGUUUCAGACCUCAAUCAUGCUUGUCAGGAGCAACUUUGCCACCAUAGGCCACUUUUUUGUGCCUCUGCAAGCUGAGGAUGAAGUCAGCCCGGAGGAAGGCGAAGUAUUUAUCACGCAAGGCUUUUUAAGUUGCAGUCGCACAGAAUCUUGUUCUUUUGUUUUCAAAGAGAAGCGUAAUUCCGUGCUCAAAUACAAACCUGAGAGGGCUGUGUGGCAAAAGCUCAAACAACCAACAGACUGCAAAGGCCUAUAUGAAACUGGCAAAAAAGACAGUGGCAUCUACAAUAUACCCAUACCCAACCAGAAAUUAUUAAAGGUUAACUGUGAUAUGGUUACUGAUGGUGGAGGUUGGACAGUUAUACAACGACGUAUUGACAAUUCGACCAAUUUUCAACGUGUCUGGUCUGAUUAUAAACAUGGAUUUGGCAGUAUCGAAAAAAAUAUGUGGAUUGGCUUAGAGAACAUGCACCAGCUUGCUAGUCCUACAGUUAGCAGCAAUCUUCGCAUAGAAAUAAAGGAUCGUCUGAAUGGUGAAAAGAUAUUUUUCGCAAACUAUGAGAGUUUCAGUAUUAGCCAUGAGACUGAUGGAUAUCGAUUGCUUGUUUCUGGGUAUUCGGGUACGGCUGGCGACGCUUUCAACGUCAGCGUGUCAGAUGAAAAACGGAGGUCGUAUUCUUCUCCUCCAAUUCCCCGUUCUAACAAUGGUAUGCAAUUUUCAACGAUUGAUCGUGACAACGAUGGCAAUUUCUUGACUCACUGUGCGGCUAGAUACAAUGGUGGAUGGUGGUAUUUCUUAGGACAUAGCUGCCACCUUAAUGGGUUACUUCCCCUUACAGAAACACCAAGUUAUAAAUGGUAUUCCAUGGAGUCGAAAUACUGCUGCAUCAGUUUCUCCGAAAUGAAAAUCAGACGCAACUAAACAUCAAAGCGUUAAUGAUGCAUCUCCUUCGUUUUUGUAAAACUAUCUAUAUUUUUUCCUUGUUCUCUAUUUCUCUCAUUGUAUGUAAUUUAUUUCAUCUUUUGUAACCUGUUGCUGUAAUUUAAAAGAUUCGUAUGAACUGAUAUGGUAAAAGGCUAUUGUUGCAAACAGCAAGUGUUUUGA